AUGGCCUCCGCAGUCGUUUUCGGGUACCACAACGUAGGUGUGCGGUGUCUCUCCGUUCUCCUUGCACAAGAGAUCGAGGUGAAGCUGGUGGUUACCCAUCCGGACGAUGAAAACGAGAAUAUCUGGUUUGAUAGUGUAUCGAACCUCGCGAGCUUCCAUGGAAUUCCUGUGAUUACCCCCGACGAUCCGAAUACAGAAGACAUGAUUACGCGGCUCCGAUCGUUGAACCCCGAUUUUAUUUUCUCCUUCUACUACCGCAAGAUCCUUAGCGUGCCGGUCCUGGAGACGGCUCGCCGAGGAUGCUACAAUAUGCAUGGCUCUCUGCUGCCUCGCUAUCGUGGCCGCGCCCCCGUCAACUGGGCUCUCGUGCACGGUGAGUCCCAGACGGGCGCCACCCUCCACGAAAUGGUGAGAAAGCCUGAUGCAGGCGCCAUUGUGGGGCAGAUGGCCGUGCCUAUCCUGCCCAAUGAUACGGCCUCGGAUGUCUUUGCCAAAGUACUAGUCGCUGCAGAGUUGGUUCUCUGCCAAACCUUACCUGAGAUCGUGAGUGGGACGGUGGUCGCGCGAGAGAUGGACCUCAGCUGCGGGUCGUACUUUGGCGGACGCAAGCCGCAGGACGGGUGGAUCGAUUGGGGGACGAUGGGGGCACGACAAAUUCACAACCUUGUGCGAGCUGUGACACAUCCGUAUCCAGGGGCAUUCAUGGACACGGCAAAAGGACGGAUAAUCAUCUGGCGCACAUUGGUGGUAGAAGAUAGCAGUCCGUCCUCCGCGCCGCCUGGUCUGCUGCGGCAAGGAGGCCAGUUGCUCGCAACUGCUUGCGAUGGGGGGGUCCUGCGCAUCAUUCAUGCAGAGCUGGAGGGACGAUUGUUGGACCCGGAGACUUUUACGGAGAUGUUCGGCUCCUCAAUGUCCACUUCCUUAAGUACUGCCCAAUAA